AAAUUUCAAAAAAAAAUGCUGACCAUAAAUAGGAUUAAUAGCAGCCAUAAAGCUGCAAUUUUUUUGGUAACAAUAUUCAUCAUACAAUUAUUAUUACAACAUCAUGUACAUCAAACAUAUGCAAUGAAAAAAAUGAUUAUGAAAAUGUUAAGUAAAGAUAAAAUGAAAACAUUAAUGUUAAUGUAUGCAUUGGCUAAGAAAAAAAUGAAACCAAAAUUUGGUAUUCUACCUAUACCGAUUCCUAUACCGUUCGAAUUUAAAAUUCGUGAAGAAUACGAUUAUCCUAAAUACGAAUAUGGUUAUCCAUCAUCAUAUCAAUCAUCGGAUUAUGGUUACGGUGGUUCGUAUGGAGGUAGUAAUGAUGCCUAUGAUAUUGAUGAAUAUGGUGGUGAUGAUUCUUAUGGAAUGCCUCACGGUACAGAUUAUGGCGGCAGUUAUUCUGGUAGUGAUCAUGAUUAUACAACCGGUAGUCAUAGUUCGAAACCAGUUACAUCAACCGGAUACGUUGGUCCUGGUCAAUAUAAAGUCACAUUCGAUGAUAAUAAUUAUGGCGGCGGUGGUGGUGGUGGUGGAGAUAGCUAUGGCGGAGGUGGUGGAGGUGGUGAAUACAGCAGCAGCGGAAGUACAGCAUAUGGAAUGCCUUACAGUGGAGGAGGCGGAGGAGGAUUAAGCAAAGGAGGAAAUGGCGGAGAUUCUAGCUAUGGUCUUGAUAAUGGUGGUGGAUACAGUGGAAACACAGGGGCUUAUAGUGGUGGUGGUGGUGGUAGUAGUAGUAGUGGAUAUAGUGAAAGUUUUGCAAGUGGUAUGGAUAUGGGAGGUGGUGGAUAUGGACCUGAUAUGGGCAGUGGUGAAGAUUACAGCUCUGGAAACGGAGGUGGCGGUGGUGGUGGUAGUUAUAUGAGCGAUUAUGCUGCAUCCGGUACAAAUGAUUAUUUUACAACAGGAUCAAAUCAUUAUGCAGCUUCAUCAGCGCCUUCAUCAUCACCAUUACGAUCAUAUCGUAAUAAUUAUAGUGGAAAAAAUGUUAAAAAUAAUAAUAAUAAUCCGGAUCCUGCACAACGAGCCAUAUAUGUUACGAUUGGAUCAGAAAAUUCACAAUCACCUUCUUCAUCAUCAUCAACAUCAUCAUCUACAUCACCACAUCAUGAUCAUCAUUAUCAUCAUUCUUCAAGUAUUAAUAAUGAUCGUUAUACAUCACCAUCAUCGUAUCGAGAAUCGAAUAGUUUUCAACCGAUUACAUCAACAAUAAGAAAUUAUCCAAGUUCAACAUCAUCAUAUAAAGCAAAUGAAUAUAGUAUUGAUAAUUCUUUUCCAUCUUCUUCUGCGUCUUCUUCUUCGCAUGAUUAUCCUUCUCCACAUCAUCAUCAUUAUCACCAUCCAUCGCAUCAUCAUUAUCAUGAUCGUCAUCAUCAACAUGAACCACCAAUUACACAUCAUCAAUCGGAAUCAUUUGGUAAAGCUUAUAUUUCAAAUGAAGUAAAACCAAUCGAUAGUUUUGAUUAUGGUCGUCCACAUUUAUCAUCACAUCAUCAUCAUCAUCACAUGGAUCAUUAUCAUAAUGGUCCUGAUGGUCAUUAUCAUCCACAUCAACAACAUCAUUAUCAUCAAAAUCAUCAUUUUCAUGAUGAUAUUUUUAAUCAUGUUGGAAAUAAUAAUGGAAAUGGAAAUAGUUUUGGUAGCAGCAAUUCGGGUGGUAUUGUCGAAACGGCAUCCAUGAACAGACCAUUAUUGCCAAAUUCUUAUGUCGAUUCUCAUCAUCAUAAUCAUCAAUCAUAUUCAUCACCACCAUCAUCAUCAUCAUCAUUAUCAUAUCAUCAGGAUACUGAUUAUUUAGCACCAUCAUCAUCAUCAUCAGGAUCAUUUAUGGAUGAUCCAUAUGUAUCAUCAGCAACAUCUAAUCAGAAUACAGCUGCCGCUACAACUGAUGAUAAUAAUAAUAAUAAUAAUAAUCAUAAAAAUGGUAAUACAGAAUUUAGAAUAGCUAUUAUUGCUGCAACGGAUGGUGAUGAUAAAUUAGCAUCCGAAUCAUCAAAAAUUAAAGCUAUUAUUGAACCAUUAAUGCCAUCUGCAUCAACAUCGAUUGCAUCGAAAACAUUGAAAACACCAUCACCAUCAUCAUUAUCAAUAUCAUCAUCACAAUCAUCAUCAAUAUCGUUACCAACAUCGAUUGCAAAAGCAUUAGUCAAUCAACAUCAGAAUCAGAAUCAGAAUAAAUUUCGUUUACAGACAAAAACAUCAACGAUACCAAUUGGAUCGAUAACAUUAACACCAUCAAGACCAUUAACAAUUGAAGAUCGUUCAUCAUCACCAACAUUAUCAUCCUUUACUAUUGCUGAUGUUUCACAACCAAAAAAAACUAUAACAAAGCAACAACAACAAAGUGAUAUGAAAGCUUAAAACCAAUUUCCCCUCCGUAAACGGUAACGUAAAUUAUAAACUAAAUCAAAAAAAAACAAGCAAAAAAAAUUUUAAAAUUUCAUUCUUCCUUGUUUGAUU